GACAGCGCGGACGGAUUUUGUAGCAACUGUUUACAAAUCAUGGUUCCCCAUGUUCUGUGCCUAAGCUGAUAAAAGCCUUUUAUGCACUUUAAUCUUCUACCUGCGUCCUUACCUGGCACAUUGUGAAGCUGUACCGUAACUCGUGGAUACAAAGAAGUGCCAGAAAGACCUUUGUUAUUGCCUUAGUCAUGUUCCAGAGGCUGAAUAGUAUGUUCAUGGAAGAAAUCAAUGAUUUGCCCAGCCAAGAGCCAGCAUUUAGUGAGAAGGAAGAAGAGGAAUGGAUUCUGGUGGAUUUUAUAGACACCUGUAAUAACUUCUCAAUGGUGGAAGAAGAAGAAGAAGAAGAGGAUGAAGAGGAGGAUGACUGCAGCGUCCAUGAAGCAUCAUCUGUUGACCACCCGCCUGUAUUCUCUCAUCUGCCUACUUCUUUGGAAUGUUUGUCCGACGCCAGUGAAUCUUGCUUUGUCCAGUUUGACUCAUGCCCUAUGGAAGAGAGCUGGUUCAUUACGCCACCGCCGUGCUUCACAGCGGGUGGCCUGACCACUCUCAAAGUAGAAACCAGCCCUUUGGAGAACCUUCUGAUUGAACAUCCCAGCAUGUCUGUUUAUGCAGUCCAUAAUACACAUCAUAGUCUCAACAAGACCAGUUGUGGUGAUGAGGAAGAGGAGGAGGAUGAAGAGGAGAAAGAGAAUCGCAAUGCUACUAAUCCUCAAUCAGAAGCCCAAAGCCAAAUGAGUCAACACAUCAGAUGCUACAUAGCAACACUCGCCACUCACUCAACCUUUCUUGAACAGACCAAGAGCUUGCGUCCUUCCCAGUGGACAAAAGAACACCAUGAAAGACAAUAUCUGACCAGAAAUUGCCUCCGUCGCCAAAACCUGACCAGGGAUUGCUAUUCUCGGCAACUCAAGAACAACGGAAUUCUUGUUCACCAGCCUUGCCAGCGUCAGUAUAAUUACUGAGAGUGUUUCGCAUUAUUAUUAUAACUGUUAUUGUUGUUUUCAAAAAUAAUAUUGGUUAACUGUCCUUGUUUUUUUCUACUUGUGUGUGAGUGUAGAUUAUGAAGGUGAUUUCCAUCUUAUGCUGAUUAUCUGUUGUUUCUACACCACCACUGAGUGUUACAGUUAGUUUGUAAACCACGUUGAUGUUAAUGAUGUAUCACAGAAUGCCUUUAUGAUAUUUUACUUGUGGAUCAGAAACAUAUCAAGAGUUUGUGUGGUCGGGGGUGGGAUAGGGGGGCUGUAUGUGACUUUAGGAACUUUCUGAUGUAUGGAUGGGUUUGUUUUUAUAUCGGUAUUUUUAGCCAAGACGUAGCAGGCAAUUUUCAUUCAUAAUUGUAGUCCAAAUGCAGUUACAGAAUUUCUCAGGGUCAGUUGUACACUUGCAAUGAUCUGUGUAUACUGUAAAAUUUGUUUUAACAAUCUAGAAUAGCCAUUAUAAUGUGAUGGACAGGAUGGCAUUGAGCUCCCAAUGAGGAGUGAAUUCAAUAUGUAACCAGAAGUGUGGAGAAGGAGUGGAAAGGACCUAUGAAAGGACUUACUGUCAGCUUAUGUCUCAUCUCAGAGGUUUGUUGCAUUUGCCUAGAUUUAUAGACAAAGGAGAUACCUCACAGCAAACUCCCACUGGAAAUAAGUGAUUAGUUUCUGCAACCUGACACCUUCUAGUUGUGUUGGAUUGCAACUCUCAUCAUCCCUUGCAAGUAGAGUGUGCCACAAACAUUAUAGCUCAACCUCUCCAGAAAGCACAAGGCAAUACUAGGCUUUGUUGUAUCUAUUUGACCUGAAAGACAAUGGAAACUAACUCAGGGCUUCAUGCUUUGAAAUUUCAGCAAAAUAGAUGCCUGCUUAGAAAAAAUAUAUAUACCCCUACACUAUAUUUCUAUAAUUAUAUGCGGUGCAUUAAUGUAAAUUGGAUGGGCAACAUAGUUUUCCAAGUGUCUUUGGACUGGGAUGCCCAUAUCCUUACCUAAUGACUAGGGCUAAUGGUCAUUCCAACAUGGCCACAAGUUGUUCCGUAUUGAUUUUAAAACUUUAGUGUUAGGAACUACUGUCGGGGCAUCAGAAAGAGCAAAUUCCUGCAUAGUUGAAAUUACCAUCUAGUUAGGAGCCCUGUGUCUGCUUUUUCCCUUUCACCUUUACAUUUCUGGGCAUAAAGCACAAAAUAUUUUUCGCUUUCCUUCAAGUCAGUUAAUCAACUGUACGUUUCUGCCUAUAUAAGGCCUUAAACCUAUAGCCACAGCCCUGAAGUGACUCUCCAUCAAGGGUUCACCAUCUCAAUUUUUCUCUCUCUCCUUUUGAUGGCAUUAUUGAUUAAAACCAGUAUUUGAUUUUCAAGUGAUAUACAAUUCACUAUUAACUUCUUAGAAUAUCCUACUGGUUUAUGCUUCAUUUAUCUCUCUAGAACCUGUUGUGGCCUGAAAUUGUGCCGCUCACUGUUUUGUGGACAAUCUAAUUCAAGACCAUGUAACUACACAUCUACCAUACCCUCUCCGCCUCUUCACUUGAAAUACUAGCAAUUAGUCAUGUGCAUUCGGGGUAUUCUUGAUCCGUUUUGUGUCCCGGAUUUUGGUCAGGCCUCUGAUCCAUUUUGACUGAGCCUCCUGAAAUCUGGAGGUCAGAUAUUUGUUUCCUUUUUUCAGUGCCAAAAGAUUUUGGGUUUUUGCACCCGUGGGACCGGCCAAAAGUGCCUGGACCUAUGGGUGCAAGCUUUGGGCCUACCCGCCCGGGCCUCACAGGGCCUGCAGCCGUGCGCUGAGUAAGGAGCACUCCUUACUCGGCGCUCAGUUGCAGGCCCUGGCACUUCGGACCUAUGAGUGCAGCAAUCAAUAAAAAAAACAGGCUUGGAGCCAGUACCCGCUCCCAUCCACCUUUCGUAUCGAUUUAGUUUUUGUUCCUGGAAGGGCCUUCCCAUUUUGUGCCAUCCAAGUGGACGGAGCAAAACAGAAACACGAAUCAAAUGGAUGAGACAAAUUUCGGGCCCAUGAUUACUAGCAAUGUAUUUAAUAGGCCUUCUUUCAAAAAGGCUUUUAUGGAGACACAUUUCUUGUUGUCUAAAGUCCAAAGAACUUUGAAGGAAUGAUUAAGUGUUUUGAGUGCAGUCUCCAUGUUUAAACAAAUACAUAUUUGAACCUACUUACCCUCUCUAGUCCUGUGGACCAAUUUCUCCACUGAAAUUUCAUAGUUUUCAGUCCAGUCAAUGGCUCAUUUGGGUCGUUUUUUUCAAAACACUCACGAUUUUAUCAUCCACCAGGAAUUUUUAAUCUAUUUUUCAGUUUCAGGGGCAAAUACCACAGACACAAUUUUAAGCUCAGGAAUUUCUAAAUGUUUUAAUAUAGAUUCCCAAGAAUCGGCUUUGCUCAGUGUAGGUUCUUACCCAUUACCUGUCUCCAUGAAGUAUUUGGCUUUUAUCCUCUCUUUUAAGGGACCUGAAAAUGAAGGUCUGCUCUUCUGCUUUAUAAGGCAGGGAGAGCCUCUGGAACCAGUUUUUGGCCAGUAUAAAGGACUGCAAGGAAGAGAGUGGGUAGGAAAAGUCCCAUUGUAACUGCCAGCAUACAUGAGAAGUUGUUCAUUAUUUCUAAAUACAAACACUAUUUAAAAAUAAACAUAGGGUUACUGUAACAUAUGUGCUUUUGCGGUUGUCAGUGUUGGAAGCAAUGCUGUUGUGGAAGGAAUGACUGCGUGUACAUUACAAUGUUUCACUCUUCAUUAUUGUGCAUAUUUAUGUUACUUUUUUCUAUUACGCGUUUGCAAGUCUUGGACUUAUUAUUAAGAGUUGUGUGGAAUUCCCCCUUUCAAAUGAUAUGUGUUGUAUAAGUAUGACUUUUUAUAUAGUUAAUCCCUCUCCCAACAAAAAAAAAUUGUAUUAACUUGUAAAAGUGAGGCCUUGUGCUAUGUUGAAUGGUGUUUCAAUAAUUAUGCUGAAACUGUUUUUCCAUAUGUAUUGUAAACAAAACUGUGCCUUUUGCAACUGACUUGUACACAGCAGACUUGAAUUUGAAGCCUACAAGAAGGGACAUUUCUGUCAAGAUAAAUACUGUACAUCAGUCUAUGCAUUAUCAAUGGCAGCUUCUUUGUGGAGCCUUUGUUGUUGUUGUUUUUGUACCAAUACCUUAGAUAUACAAGGCUCUAUCACUUUGAUACGACCAAACAUAUGUAGCUGUAAAAACUCAAGACUGGCUGUUUGUCAGGUACAUUGUGUAAUUUAAUGUAGCUGAUUCCAUUUGCUUAGCUCACAGAGAGGGAAUUUGUAGUUUCCCAAAUAUUUUUGUUGGGCUCCAACAUUUAUCAUGUCUUAACCAUGUGGUCAGCGAGGAUGGGCAGUCAGAGCCCAAGACCAUCUUUAAAAUGUGCCCCUGGACUAGCCUCUGAAAUAGGCAGGGGAAAAUAAACUGUUUUUUUCUCAUACUGAAAAGUUACAUUUUCCAUGUGAUUAAACUGAAUUAAUUCCCACUGA